AUGUCCAUUAAUGGCCUGGAUGAUGGGACAGAAUGCACCUUCGGCAAGUCUGCAGAUGAUGCAGAAUUGGAUGGAGCAGUCAAUACAGCAGACCUGGUGAGAUAUAUCUGGAGCCCUGUGGCCAGCUCAGGACUCUUCCAGAACAAGAAAAGCAUUGAUAUUCUGGACCAGGAGUGCAGCAAAGAGCCGUUAAGUUUAUUUAUUCUCUUCCUUUGUGGAACUGAUCACCAGCAGCUUGAUCAGCCUACAACAGAAUUAUUGAAGGCCUGGAGAAAGUGCUACAAGCAGGCUUUUAAAGACACUGGCAAAGCACCCGUGGAACAAGAGGUAGCGAUUCAUCGCAUUAGGAUCACUUUGACAAGUCGCAAUGUAAAAUCACUUGAGAAGGUCUGUGCUGACUUGAUCAGAGGUGCUAAGGAAAAAAACCUGAAGGUGAAAGGACCUGUUCGCAUGCCCACCAAGACUCUGCGAAUCACAACCAGGAAGACGCCUUGUGGUGAAGGUUCCAAGACCUGGGAUCGUUUCCAAAUGCGUAUCCAUAAGCGGCUCAUUGACUUACACAGCCCUUCUGAGAUCGUGAAGCAAAUCACUUCCAUCAGCAUCGAGCCUGGUGUGGAGGUUGAAGUUACUAUUGCUGAUGCCUAAAUGAUGGUCGUGGUUGAAUAAAGUUGAUUUACAAGUUUUCA